CUCGCGCUUGCAUUGCUUUUCGAAGCUCGCGCGCGAUCGGUCGCUCGUGCGUGCGAACGGAGUGCGUGGUGACAGCUGUCGAAAGAGAAAAAAAAACACGGAGAAAAUCUCUCUUCGCGUUUGCAUUCCUUCCCUUUAUUUUUCCGACCAAUGUUUUAUCCUGCGAUCGGGAUAUCUUCUUAUCGUGCGCGCGAGAAAACGACCGAGUGCAUCUCGCUUUCUGCUAUUAUCGAUCGAUCCCGCGGUUUCUUAUUUGAUCCGAAAUUAUUACGCUAUUCCCAUUGAGCUCUCUGUUAGAGAGAGAGGAAGAUCUUAAAGAAGAGCGGAGAAGAGACUGGGGAAAGGCGGAAGAGGCAGAGCGGAAAGUCUAUACAGGCGAAAGGAUCUCAGGAAGAGGUCAACCAGGGAGAAAGAUGUGGCGAUUACUUCUGUGGACGCACUUCCUGUUGCUAACCGUGCUGUUAGCACCGGUGCAAAGGGUUGCAGCAUGCAGCUGUGCACAGGCCCACCCUCAAACCAAAUUUUGCGAAUCGGAUUUCGUCGCCGUAGUGAGGGUAAAGAAGGUGCUUCCCGUGAACGAGUACGAGAUCGCUUACAAGGUCAAGAUAAACAGGGUCUUCAAGUCCAACCCAAAGGCCGACGUGGCUCUGAUGCAAAACCUUUUACGGACUCCGUCCUCGGACUCGAUGUGCGGCGUGACGCUGAAAGUCGGCGAAACUUACGUUCUUAACGGAAGAAUCGUCUCGGGACGAGCGCUCAUUUCAUUCUGCGGCCUCUCUAUAAGAUGGGCCGAUACGACCAGCAGGCAACGCAAGGGUUUACGACAGCUCUAUCAGCAGGGUUGCGUGUGCGACAUCAUGUACACACACUGGAGGCGCAAGGGAGCCGUGCUGGAAUCCAGCGGCGGGAAACGUUGUCUGUGGGAAAGCACACCAGGCCCCCAGGAUUGCCAAGAAAAAUACGGCGUGUGCAUGGCGGGGCCCGGCGGCUGUUCCUGGGUACCCUCGGUUCCGUAUAAAAAUUGCAUCAAGGAAUAUAAGCGUCAACGCGAUCAGCAGAGGUCGCGGGAACCUUAACUCGACACGGCUCGCGUGUUCUCGCGACGCAGAGCAGUUAUAAAUCUAUCAAAGUAUCGUAAAAACGGCACGGCGCGCGCGCGCCCGUUAAUUAAUUUAAUUAAACACGCCGAAGAUAAUUGAGUCACUGAGAGGCAAAAUGGUAUGCGGUGCUUAAUGGAAAGUUCAACGGUGGAUUAUUGUACAGACAUGCAAAAAAUUUUGUUCCUUGUUUUUUCCUGUUUUUUUUUUAUAUUGUUCAUUAAAAACAGUAAGGUAACAUAACAGAUUAAAUUCCCUUUAUUUGAUAUUUUUACGUUUUAUUCUAAUGUUUUCGAAUAGUUCGUAUUCGUUAAAAAAUGUUAGAUUCUUUUCAAUGUGAUGGCUUUGCAAAUUUGUGACAGUUUACUUCUGAGCGACAUAAUUAUGCAUGUCGAUCAUUAACGUUGAUAUAUUAUUCUUAUUAAUCUUUACAUAUUAGUUUUUAUGGAUUUGGAUGAAUUUAUUAUUUGUUAAAUUAUUUGUGACUUAACGACAUCAGGUAAGUUUUAUUGUUUCAUUGGCUUAAAAUAUUUACUAUAAUGUGAACUACAAAGAAAAUAGUUGAAUACUGGUAGAUCUAACAGACGUUAUAUAGUGCAAUCGACUCUUAAUUAUUCAGUUAUUAUUAACAUGAAAUAGAUUUGUAGAGCUUAAGUAUUUUGAAACUCGUGGAUAGGUCGUUAAUAACUGAUAUGUAUUUUGUUACUGAAAUAUAUAAGCGACCUACUUUUACGAUUAUUCUAUCUUAGCAAGUUGUAUAUAUUAUAUUGUUAAUGUAUAUUGCGCAUCUUCCCUUAAAUUAUUCAACUAUCGUUUUGUUGUACGUAGAAUCUUAGACAUAAAAUUUCACUCACGUACUUUAUUACAUUUCGUAACAUUUUUUAUGUGCGUUUUUUAGAUUUAAAUUAGAUCGUGCCAUUGCAUAUAUAUAUUUGUUAUUUACAUCGAUUAUUAUUUACAGCAGAUGAAAUUAAAAGCUUGGAAUAUUUAAAUUUAUAAUUUCGAAAAUUAAAAUUUUUACAAUUUUAAACAUAUUUAAUUUUAAAGAUGUCUGUGAAAUCUUUUAAUUGCGUUACAGGCACAUUUAUCGUUUGAUUUUAAUUAUUAUCACAUAGCAACUUUUCGUUAAAUAAAUGUAUUUUAGUGGAUUAAAAUUUAGAAUAAAAUACGAUAAAUAUUACUGCAAAAUUUUGAUGUGAAUUUCCGAUCAAAAAAUAAUCGAGAGACGAAUUUUGUACCUAUGUUUUAGUUUAGUU